AGGUGCUGCGCGAGACCGGACACAACGCGCUGCCGCUCCGCCGAUACUGGAUUAACAAACCUGAUUGUAAAAGAAAGAUACAAGAAAGUGGGACAAAGUUAUGGAUGAAAGAAUACCGAGAAUGCAGGGCAGACAGUUCCUGGAUCACGCGGAUUUCUUGGGGGUUGAAUAUUCGUCUCUCUACAUGUGCAUCAAAAGAGGAGUGAAGAGAGAGGAAGGAAAGGACGCGUAUAAGUUACCGCACAGACUGAUCGAGAAAAAGAGGAGGGACCGAAUAAAUGAAUGUAUUGGGCAGCUGAAAGAUUUAUUACCGGAACAUCUGAAGCUCACGACUCUAGGACACUUGGAAAAAGCGGUAGUUCUCGAGUUGACUCUGAAGCAUUUGAACGCUUUGACAGCUGUCACAGAGCAGCAGCACCAGAAGAUCAUCGCUUUGCAGAACGGGGAGCGGUCGUUGAAGUCCUCCCUCCAGGCUGACUUAGACGCGUUUCACUCAGGCUUUCAAGCAUGUGCCAAAGAAGCCCUGCAGUAUCUGAACAAGGUGGAGAACUGGACGGCGCGCGAGCAGAUGUGCACGCGACUCAUCAACCACUUACACAAAGUUUCCGCUCAGUUCCAGCCUGGUGCAGGGAUCCUGCAGCGGCCGUUGCCAGGCGACGACGCUCCCGAGCGGGACGCACAGAGGGAUACUCAAGCCAACUGCGUCCCUGUCAUCCAGAGGACUCAGAACCUCGAGCUUAACGAGAACGACACGGACACCGACAGCGGAUAUGGAGGAGAGGCAGAGAAAGGCGAUGGCAAAUGCGAGAAAGGUUGUGACACGGCCAAAGGAGUUAAGAUCAAGCAGGAAUUCGGAGAUGAACGUGUCACCAAAAAAGCCAAAAUGAACUGGUCAGCGAACAGCGCCUCAGAAUCCGCCAAUACCCGGCCGGACGUGGCGUUAAUGAACUCUUUAAUGGGAAUGGCGGGUGUUGGUGGACAACAGACUCCCUUUUGCAUGCCGUUUUACUUCAUAAACCCAUCUGCAGCAGCAUCGUACAUGCCUUUGUUUGAUAAAAGUCACUUGGAAAAGUUGGUGUAUCCAGCGGCGGCGGCGGCGGCUCUGACCACCCCGUUCCCGUGGCUUUACCCCGGGAUUCCCACGCAUGCCUCCGCUGCAGCCGCGGCCGCCGCUGCCAUCGCUUUCCCCAGCUCCGCCGAUAAAACCUCUGGAUUUAAUGCAGCAUCCUUAAAAGACGACGAGCCGCCAUCUCCCGAUGGUGACCUCGAGGCCGACCUGGCCUCUCCUGUGUCUGGGGAUCAUCAUGGCUCAGAGAAUGAUGCCAUUCAUCAGCCCCAAAGAAAUGAAAACGAUGGUACAUAAAGCUGAUCUUUUGCCCUUUGAGUGCACACUAGUUUGCUUGUAAAAUUGCUAUUUAUCUGUUUAUCUUAAUUUAAUUGUCAUUGAGUAUUUACUAUAGUGUUUCUAUGGAUUUCCAAGCAAAGGCUGUUCUUUUAUUUGUGUGUUUUUAGCAUUA